AUGGACAGCUUUUAUAAAAAAAAAAGAAACGUUUUAACUCUUAUUAAUGAUGAUCAAGAUGUAUACAAAUAUAAAGACAUAUAUAAUAAUUGUGAAAAUGAUAUAUAUACUUUAUAUUUAAAUAUUAUUAAUGCAUAUAAAAAUUGUGUAUGUGAGGAAAAGAAAUUAUUUCUUAACAAGUGUAUUAAAAACGGAAAUAUAAAAUAUAUAGAAAAAGUAGUUAAGCAAAUUAUAGAAAAAAAAAAUGUAUAUAAUAAUAUAGAUGAUAAAUCAAUAAAAAAAAGUAUCGACUUAUUAAUAUAUCCUUGUGUAUAUGAAAUAAAUAAAAAUGAAUAUUAUUAUACAACUUCUUGCUGUUCAGGUAGAAUGGUUAUUUUUAAAGAAGUACAUAUAAAUAAUAAUAAAUAUGAUAAUCAAAAAAAUUUUAAAAAUAAUGAUAUUUCUCAAGAAAAUAAAAAACAACAAAAUAUAUCUAAUCAUUUAAAUAAUACACAUUUAUCAAAUCUAUAUAAAACAGAUGAAGUUUUUCUUUCGCAUUUUAAAAAAAAUUUUAUUUUACAAAAUAACCAAGAUAAUUAUAAUUGUUGUUCUGAUCAUCAUAUAUCCUCUUUUUUUAAUGUUUCAAACAAAAAAACAAACAUUUCUGAGGAUAUAUAUGAUGAAAAAAUUUUAAAAGAUAAUAUAUUUUAUAUUAAUAAGGAAUAUAAAAAAAAAAAAAAAGUACGAAAAAAAAAAAAAGUACAUAAAAAAAAUGUACAUAUAUUAUAUUCCACACAUUCACAUCAACAUUUAGAAUAUGAUAUAAAUGUAAUAAAAGAUAUUUUAAAAAAAGAAAUGUUUCAAAAUUAUUUUGAUGUUAACCCAAAAAAUUAUUAUAAAAAUAUCUCAUUUGAUUUGAUGGGUACAAAAAAAUAUUCCUUACAAAAUGAUAUUAAUAUAAACUCUUCUAUAAUCACCAUGAGUGAUAAUGAAGGUAUGAAAAAAAAAGAAAAAAAUAAUCAACUUAUUAAUAUAUUAAAUAAUCAAAACAAAGGAAAUAUAUAUAUAAAAUUUGAACCAUUUAUAAUACACAUUAAAUGUACCACUUUCUUAAGUGCAUUAAAAUUAUUAAAAAUUGCGCAAAAUGCAGGAUUAAAACAAAGUGGUAUUCUAAAUUUUAAUAAAUAUGUAACUGUAGCUAUAAGAGGAUCCAUGAGAUUAGAACAUCUAUUAGGAGAUAUUCAUCAUACAUUACAACAUACAAAUUUAAUGGAAAUCAUUCAUAUUUGUAAUAAUAAAUUAUCCAAAAAUUUAUCACAACUUGUCAAUUUUUAUAAGUGCUUUAAACAAUUUAAAGAGCACGAACAAAACUAUCAAUUUGUUUCAAUAAAUAGGGAAAUGCUUUCUUCUAUAGAAAAUAACUUAAGUAGUAAUGCAAAAACAAAAAAAACAAAAGAAAAAAAAAAAAAAAAUAAUAAUUUAAAUGGAAAAAAUAAUGUUCAAGAUAAUAUAAAUAUUAUUGAUCAUCUAGAAAAAAAUAAUAAAACAAAUAAUUUUUACCUUACUACUUGUUCAGGUAAAAAAAAUAUACCAAAUGAAAAUUGUUUUACUAUAACAGAACAGGAUAAAAGAGGUUGUAAAUUAAAAGAUGAAAUAACAUAUGAAAAUAAACAAAAUGAUGUAAAUAUAAUAAAAAAGGAAAAACAAAAAAAAAUAGAUUUAAAUAAAUAUAAUAUCCAAUUAAAUGAAGAAGGUUAUAUAAUAAAUGAAAAUAAAAAUGACAAAUUUAUUGGAUGGAAAAUUUUAGGAAAUAAUAUGAACGUUCAGAACUUUUUGGUAUGGGGACAUGACAUGUUCAUGCAAAAAAAUAAAAUUUAUAUGUUUGGCGGAUUUUCCAAAGGUAUACGAAAUAAUAAAUUAAAAAUAUAUGAUGUAAUAAAUAAGAAACAUUUUAUAUAUGACACAGAUCUCCCAUCUUUAGUAUUUCAUAAUUUUAUACAAUUGGAUGAAAAGUUUGCUUUUAUAUUUGGUGGGAGGCAAAAUCCAAAAAAAUGUACCAAUAUGGUUUGGGUGUAUAAUAUUAAAGAGAAUUUUUGGAUAAGGGCAAAUCGAACUAAUUCCUUUGUUGGAAGAAAUAAGGAUGUAUUAUUUUUAGAAAAUAUGGAACAAAAAAUGGACACUACUAAAUAUUCUAUGGGAAAAAACUACACUAAUGAUGAAAAUAAUAAUAAUAAAAAUAAUGAUAAUUUAUUAUGUAGUGAUGACAAUACGUUUUAUUUUAAUAAUGAGGAAGAGCCUUGCCCCAGAUAUAGACAUGCAUCCGUAUUUGUUAGAAGAUAUAUAAAAAAAAGUAAGAGCAUAUAUGUAUUUUAUACAUACGGUGGGGUUAAUGAAAAAAAUGAAAUUUUGAAUGAUAUAUGGGAAGGAAAAAUAAUAUUAAAUUUGGAGAAUGAAGGAAUAGCUCACAUUGAAUGGAAUAAAAAAAAUUGUUCCCAAAAAAUUGAGGCAUGUCGUAUUAAUAAUCAUUCAUUAAUAUAUAACAAGAAGAAAAAUUUUAUUUAUGUAGUUGGGGGUUAUCAAGACAAUGAUAAAGCUAAUUAUACACAAGAAUAUGAAUAUGAUGAAAAUAAUAAUAAUAAUAAUAAUCAUAAUAGUGGUAAUAAUAAUGUAUACCUUAGUGAUGGUAUGAUUAUUGAUAUGCCCAAUUUAAGUUCAAUUCCAGUUUGCAAAAAAAUAAAGUAUUUGUAUACUUAUGACAUAAAAAAAGAUAAUUUUUUUUAUACAAAAUGCAUAGGUGAUGACAAUAUUGAAUUAAAAUCUUAUCCAAGUGAUCGAUUUUCUCAUUCGACUUGUUUGAUUAACCAUAAUUUUUUUAUACUAGUGGGAGGUAUAAAUAUACAUAGAACAUUAAAUGAUGUAUGGUUAUUUCAUAUGAAAACGAAUAAGUGGAAUUAUUUAGGAACUUUCACUUUUCAAAAUAUGUAUGUUCGUUCAAAGGUUGUGAGUGAAAAUAAUUGUGUAUAUAUUAUAGGGGGUGGUUGUACUGUUUUUACAUUUGGUAGUUUUUUUGAUGUGCCAAUAUGGAGUAAUUUCAGUGCAAUUAUGAAAAGUAUGCAACAUAAGGAAUUAAAGGAUGUGCUGAUUUUUUCUGAACAUGGAGAAGAGAAGGAAAUGCAAGCAACGUGUGAUAAUGAGAUAAAAAAUAAUGGUGCUAACAAUAAUGAUAACAAUAAUGAUAAUAAUGAUAAUAGUAAUAAUAAUAAUAAUAAUAAUUAUAGUAAUUAUAAUAUUUUGGUGGAGAGAAAUGAACAUAAGGAAGGUAUUAAAAAGGAAAUUUUGGUAUUUGAAAAAAAAAAAAAAAAAAAAAAAGAUGAAAAAGGGGAUGAUAUUAAAGAUGGGGUGAAAAAAAAUGAAUUUCCUCAUAUUAUUGAUGAAGAAAAUAAGGACAGAAAUUGUGACUUUGAAAAAAGUACAUUUUGUUCUCCUGAGAAGAACAUAAAAAUAGGGUUGUAUAUAAUUAUUAAAGAUAAAAAAUUUGUAAAACAAAUUAAAAUAUAUUUAGAGAACAAGAAACUGUUCGAUAAUUCAUUAAAAAUUUAUAAUCACACACCAAAUGAAAAUAAUGAAGAAUAUAAUAACAUUGUGGGUGAAGAGGAAAUUUUUUAUGUGCCUAUAAAAAAAAAAAUUGAUGAUGAUAUAUUAAAAAAGGAUGACUACUUUAAAAAUGUCCUUUUGAAUAAGAUAGAAAAAUGUAAUGAUGGAAAUAUUUUUUAUUACGAAAAAGUGAUAUGUGAAAUAUAUAAUGGAACACACAAAGAAAAUAUAAAAAGUCCAAAUGGUGAUACUUUUUUAAAAAAGAAAUUAAGAAUUUUAUUUCAUAAAUUUUUAAAUGAUAAAAUGAAAAAUUACCUGAACAGUUCAGAAAAAAAAAUGGUUUUGGAAGGAUAUAGAAAAUAUGAAAUUAUAGGGAACAUUUUGAUAUUUCAUUAUAAAUAUUUUGAAUGUAUAAUGAAAUUAUAUAAAUUAUAUGAGUAUAAAUUAAAAAAAUAUAAGAAGAAAAUCAAUGAAAUGAUAGAAAGGAAGAGGAGUAGGAGGAAGACAUUUAGAUAUUAUUCAUAUAAUCAUAAUAAUAAGAAGAAAAAUAAUAAAUUGUUAUCGUGUUUUUUAUUGGAUGAUGUAUAUAAAUAUAAAUAUUAUAUUAAGAAAGUAAAGAGAUUUUGGCUAGCUGUUAAGGAUAUUUUUAAUAAUAAGUAUUUUUUUAAUAAUAAUAAUAUUUUUAAUAAUAAUAAUAUUUUUAAUAAUAAUAAUAUUGUUAAUAUGAAUAUAUUGUCAUUAAAAAAAAAGGAGAAAGGAAAAAAAGCAUUUUAUAUUAAAGUAAAAUUAAAUAAAAAAUGUAUAACUAAUAAGAUAAACAUAUUAUUAUAUAGAAGAAAAGAAAAAAUGUUUGUUGAGAAUAUUUUUAGGGAUAUAAUUAAAAGGAAUAGAAAAUAUGAAAUAAUAAAAAAGAAAAGAAAGAUAAAAUGUAUUGCGUUAUAUGAAAAGGUAUAUGGGACAUUAAGACAAAAUAAAAUACAUAUUGUAUGUGGAAAAAAUUUAAAAACUAUACAUAUUGAAAAUAAAAUUAAAUAUAAAUUGGAUUUAAAAAAAUGUAUGUUUUCAUCAGGAAAUGGUACAGAAAAGGAAAGAAUGAAAAAUAUGUAUAUUAUAAGUAAUAAUAAUAAUAAUAAUAAUAAUAAAAAUAUUUUGUUAAAUAAAAAAAGUGAUGAUAAUAUAAAAGAAAAUGUGGUGGAUUUAUUUUGUGGUGUUGGUUAUUUUACUUUACCUUUAUUAAAAUGUAUAGAAGCUCAGAAGAAAAUUAAUAAUUAUUUCGCAUGUGAUAUUAAUCCAAAUUCUUUAAAAUUAUUAAGAGAAUCUAUAAAACUAAAUAAUAUUAAUAAGAAAAAUAUUUUUAUUAUAAAACAAGAUUCUUUUAUUUUAUCUAAAAAUGUUCAGAUGGUAAGGAAGUGUCAUCGAAUAAUACUUGGACUUUUACCACAUAGUCAGCCCGCUUGGAAGAAUGCAUUUUUUUUAUUAGAUAAUAAAUGUGGAGGUAUAUUACAUAUUCAUGGUAUUGGUCAGCAUAUAUUUGAUGAGCAUGUAUGUAUUUCAUCAAUAAAUACAUAUGACUAUAUUUUAAAAAAGAAAGAUGUAAAUAUAUCUUCUAUAAAUAAAUUGACAAAGAUUCAAAUGGUUCAAGAAUAUGUAAGUAAUAUUGAAGAUUCUCAAUAUGUGGAAGAAAUCAAAAAAAAUAAAGACCAUCAUCAAAAUAAAUAUAUUAAUUACUAUAAUUCAAAUUGUAAGAGUAAAUUAUAUAUAGGAAAUAACAUCCCACAUAAUUUAUCGUUUGCUCAAUAUACUUUGAUAGAAAUAUUCAAAAUAGCAUUAUAUGACAAUCUUAAGAAUAAUAUAUUUUGGAAUAUAGCAAUAAGUCAUGUCGAACGGGUCAAAUCAUAUGCACCUCGAAUGUAUCAUUAUGUGGUGGAUAUCAAAUGUGAUCCGCUUAUAUUUUAG